GCGCUGGCGCCCUGGCCGCGACCCGGAAGGAGCCGGGCCUCGCGGGGGCGGGCCUGCGACCUACGGUUCGCUUCCGGGUCGCGGCGGAGCGCGCUCUCACGUGCGGCCGGAGAAGUGGCGCCCGCGGUGAUGAUCACCAAGACCCACAAGGGUGAUCUGGGCCUGGGGCUCCCAGAGAAGAAGAAAAAGAAGAAGAAGAAGAAAGUGGUGCGGGACCCCGAGACUCAGUACUCGGUGCUGGACAGUGGCAAUUACUUCUCGGGGUUCUCCACCUCCCGGGCUGCGUCCCCCACCAAGUGUGGGGCCCGGGGGCGGGGCCCGGAGUCACCGCUGAUGAAGAAGAAGAAGAAGAAGAAGAAAGGCCCCUACAGCCCGCUCUGCGACGAGUCCCUUGUCCCUGAGUUCCGGGGCCGCCGCUCCAAGCCCUCGAGCCCCAGGAGGUCCGAGCUGGCUGGCGGGGGUGGUGGGGAGAAGAAGAAGAGGCGGAAGUCGCUGUGGCCGCUGACCUUGUCCCCUGACGCCCGGACCAAGGGUCUGGACCCCCGGCCAAGCGAGAAGGCCAGCAGCAAGAAGCUGAAGAAGGCCCGCAAGAAAUCCCCGGAGCCCGGGCUCUCUGCAGGCCACGCCGCCUGGUUCUGCGAGGCGGGGGACGCCAUGGACACCCUGGGGGGUGCGGCCGGGGACGAGCCGGCCGCCUGGGGGCAGAAGCGCAAGCAGGGGAGCCCCAGGAGCGGCGCCAAGCUCAAGCGGAAGAAGAAGACCUGCUGCCCAGAGGUGGAGCUCGCCCCCGGCCUGGCCCGGCGCUCCCGGGCCCUGGACAGCAGCCCGCGCAAGUCCGGCAAGAAGAAGCCGGCUAAGGGCUUGGACGCCGCCGAGUGCCUCCCCAUCGGCGACGGCCCCAAGGUCCCCACGAAGAAGAAGCCGAAGAAGUGCAAGGAGAAGGCGGGGCUGGCCGACCUGGAGGAGCUGGCCGCGAAGCGCAAGAAGAAGAAGAAAAGGAGGGAGUGCCCCGCGGCGGAAGAGACCCCGCAGGAGGCCCCCGACACGGACCUGGAGGUGGUGCUGGAGAAGAAGGGCAACAUGGACGAGUUGCACAUUGACCAGGUGAGGCGGAAGGCCUUGCAGGAAGAGAUCGACCGGGAGUCAGGCAAGACUGAAACAUCCAACUCCAGCCAGUGCCAGUGGACGGAGACCCGUUUCGGCCAGUGGGACACCUCGGAGUUCGACACCGAUGAGAAGAGGCUGAAGUUCUUCAAGCUGAUGGGCGGCCUCAAGAACCUGUCGCCGUCCUACAGCCGCUCCCGUGACGUGAUGAGCAGGACCAACAUGGCCCUGGACCAGCGGGCGGCCGACAUGCUGCAGCGGCACCUGCAGCGCGACUACGACCGCGCCCUGGACUACCGCUGCCGGCGCGGCGUCGGCCUUGGCUUCCGCUCCCAGGCCGACCGGGUCUUCUACAUCGACAAGAACGGCUCCAGGUCGCUCAAGUUCGAAGAUUAAACGGCUGUUGUCCGCCUUCCCCACAGAAUCGCACUUGUGAGUCGGGCCGGCGUGAGCCGGAGUCUCGGCCUGGCCCGGGCCCCAGACCCUGGAGAGGACGAGGGACAGCGGGGUGUGGCGGACACGUGGUGGGGAAGUGGCUGUUGAGAGCUGGGAGGCGGGCACAGGUGGGCCCCUCCCGGCCCCAGCCCCGGCCCAGAGCCGGGUGGCACAGCUCCUGCUCGGGGGCUCCCGGUGUGCCUGGCGGGGCCUCGUGGAAAAAACUACCCUGGCAUCCUAUUUACUUCCUCCUCCUCAUCGCAAACCAGGUGCUAUGAUGCUCCCCAUCUUACAGAUGAGGAAACUGAGGUGCAAGGGUGAAGGAGAUCGAUUUGCCAGAGCCAGCCCCCCCACCAAUCCAUUCACGCCAGCACCUGGGUCACUGCUCAUUUGUCCCCACCAGGGAGUUUUGUUCAGAAGAGCUCUGGGGACUCCGGGGUCCCGCAGAGGGAAAAGGUGCUUUCCCUUCCCUGGUUGCUGUUGGGGCCUCGCCCCCACGGUGCUUUUGCUCUUCCUGGCUCUGUGCACAGGAGCAAGCCCUGGCUAGGCUCGGGGGGGCCGUAUUUGGUGCUGUGGGAUCGAACCAGGCUCGGCCGCAUGCCCCGAGCCCUCUACUACCUCUGGCCCAGGAAUGGGAGUUCCGUAGUAGGCGGAAGAGGCCAGCGGGAAGCGGGCCGAGGAACGGGCAGGGAGAACAUCCGUCUUCCUCGCCCGUUUCAGCCGCUGCAGGCAGAGGCGCCUGGCUCGCAUCCCCAAAGAUGGGCCCGAACUUCCUCUGCUGGGUGGGGGCGGGGGGCCAAGCCAGCCUCCCCCUUUGUUCUUGGGGCUGAGCUCGGAGCCCAGGAUCUUGGGGGUUCUUCUGGGGACCUAGUGGCGAAUGGCAGGAACCAAUGUGUCCACGUCUGAUCUCUCCAGGUACCAGGAGUGUCCCCCAGCCCCCCACUCCGUCUCACAUCCCCAAGGGAGCCGGGCACCUUCACACAAUGUGGCCCAAACACUCCCUGUAGCCCUCCCAGCCUUUAGACCUACUGAAAUAGCCUCGUUUUUUUUUUAAGUGUCACAAGAAAGAAUUAUAAUGGAAAUAAUGGGUGAAAUAAAGGCCACCUUGGGCAUAUUUGA